AUGGUUGCCAUUUCUGUCAUUUUCAAAUUUGCAUUGCAUUUCACGGAACAGUUGCUCUCGUUCAUCUAUGUAACAUUAUAUACCCUGUAUAUGAGGAUAUCAAUCCAAGGAACCAACGCAACGGCCGAGCGCAGCCGAGAAGAGGAACAGGACGUGUGCCCCAUGUGGUUGAGAGAAUAUUGGCAGGCAGCCUAUGGAGGACACCCUAGGCAACAUGACAUCACUUUGGCCGAAGCACGCACACAGUCUCCAUCUUGUUCUGCCCUAUGUCAUCCCUUUGUACCUCGCAUGAUUGGCAUGCGGAAGGCGGCAUGCGGUAUGUGUCGGCUCGGCUUCUCAACGGUGCGUCUAAAUCCCGGGAUGCAACUCUACCUCAGGUACUUGACCAUGAUCAGCGGUAGACAGGAGCUGGGGCUGAGAAAGAGGGCGGUCUCAGCCGAUACCUACACCACACGAGUACCUAGGGUCAGCAAAGAGAGAGGAAAGACGACGGGGGCUGAUGACGGCGUUUUUGUAACCUCGAUCAACCUUCACUUGCACGUUCAACGGAACCUUGUCUAG